GGCUGCAUUCACCCCAGAGCACUCCAGCUGCUCACAGCAGUGACUCCUGUGUAUCCCGCAGGUGUUGGACCAGGAUUUGUUCUUUGGCACAGGAGCUGUCGGCUCUGCUGGGCAGGUAUGUGAUGGGAACUCAGCAAUUCCCAUCAAUUGCCACUCUAAACUCUUAACUCCCCUCAAGAAGUCUCUGGUUUUUGGAUGGUGCGGGUUAAAAAUGAUUGAUGCUUCCUAUUUUUUAUUUUUUUUUUAGGAAAAAUGUCAGACGGUUUCUCUUUAUCUGAUGCCCUGGCCAACAGCAACAACCCAGCCCCUUGUGCCCCCCCAGCCCAGGGCUGGCCCUCCUGGGGGAACCAACCAGCAGCUCCUGGGGCAUUCCCAGGGUAUCCUGGAGCACCAGGAGCCUACCCGGGAGCACCUGGAGCCUACCCUGGAGCACCUGGAGCCUACCCUGGAGCACCUGGAGGAUACCCUGGAGCACCUGGAGCACCUGGAGCUUAUCCUGGAGCACCUGGAGCUUACCCUGGGGGACCAGCAGGACCAGGAGCAUACCCAGGAGCACCUGGAGCAUUCCCUGGAGCACCAGCAAAAGUCCCUUUUGAGCUGCCCCUGCAGGCAGGACUCGUCUCUCGGCUGCUCAUCACCAUCACUGGGACUGUGAACCCCAACCCAGACAGGUUCUCAUUGGAUUUCAAGCGAGGGAAUGACGUUGUCUUCCACUUCAACCCCCGCUUCAAUGAAGACCACAAGAAAGUCAUCGUCUGCAAUUCCAAAUUCCAAGAUAUCUGGGGGAAGGAGGAGAGGACAUCUCCCAGGUUUCCAUUUGAAGCUGGAAAACCCUUCAAGCUCCAGAUACUUUGUGAGACAGAUCACUUCAAGGUGGCUGUGAACGAUGCUCACUUGCUGCAGUACAACUUCCGUGAGAAGAGGCUGAACGAGGUCACCAAGCUCUGCAUCGGGGGGGACAUUGCCCUCACCAGCGUCGUGCCCACCAUGAUUUAA